CCUCUGCCCGGGCUCCCGCUUCUUCUUCGCCGCUGGGCCUCGGCCCAGGAACCACGACGGGCGACACGGAACCGCCAGUGCUGGAGGGGGAGUCGUGGGUGCGGGGCAGCGUGGGGGCAGAGGCCCCGGGACGCCCCCCCGGCCCCAGGCCCCGCUCCGCCCGGGCGCCCCCACGGGUGCCCCCCCCUUCCUGGUCCGAGCAGUGCGAGUGUGCCCGGGAGCCCGGCGGCGGCGGCGGCGGCGGCGGCGUGGAAACCGGCGUGGGCUGGGGGGUCCGAGCCGCGGGGGGCAGUGCCAUGCACAAGCACCAGCACUGCUGUAAGUGCCCCGAGUGCUACGAGGUGACCCGCCUGGCCGCCCUGCGGCGCCUCGAACCUCCCGGCUACGGGGACUGGCAGGUACCCGACCCCUACGGGCCAGGUGGCGGCAAUGGGGCCGGCGCUGGUUAUGGGGGCUACAGCUCGCAGACCCUGCCCUCGCAGGCGGGGGCCACCCCCACCCCCCGCACCAAGGCCAAGCUCAUCCCCACCGGUCGGGAUGUGGGGCCAGUCCCCCCUAAGCCAGUCCCGGGCAAGAGCACCCCCAAACUCAACGGCAGCGGCCCCAGCUGGUGGCCGGAGUGCACCUGCACCAACCGGGACUGGUAUGAGCAGGUGAAUGGCAGCGAUGGCAUGUUCAAGUAUGAGGAGAUAGUACUUGAGCGGGGCAACUCUGGCCUGGGCUUCAGUAUCGCAGGUGGCAUUGACAACCCCCAUGUCCCCGAUGACCCUGGCAUCUUUAUCACCAAGAUCAUCCCCGGUGGAGCAGCUGCCAUGGAUGGGAGGCUGGGGGUGAAUGACUGUGUGCUGCGGGUGAAUGAGGUGGACGUGUCGGAGGUGGUGCACAGCCGGGCUGUGGAGGCGCUGAAGGAGGCGGGUCCUGUGGUGCGGUUGGUGGUACGGAGGCGACAGCCCCCACCCGAGACCAUCAUGGAGGUCAACCUGCUCAAAGGACCCAAAGGCCUGGGCUUCAGCAUUGCUGGGGGCAUUGGCAACCAGCACAUCCCAGGAGACAAUAGCAUCUACAUCACCAAGAUCAUCGAGGGAGGUGCUGCCCAGAAGGAUGGACGCCUGCAGAUCGGGGACCGGUUGCUGGCGGUGAACAACACCAAUCUGCAGGAUGUGAGGCAUGAGGAAGCUGUAGCUUCACUGAAGAACACAUCUGAUAUGGUUUAUCUGAAGGUGGCCAAGCCAGGCAACCUCCACCUCAACGACAUGUACGCACCCCCAGACUAUGCCAGCACUUUCACUGCCUUGGCUGACAACCACAUAAGCCAUAAUUCCAGUCUGGGUUAUCUCGGGGCGGUGGAGAGCAAGGUCAGCUACCCUGCGGCUCCUCAGGUUCCCCCAGCCCGCUACUCGCCCAUCCCCAGGCACAUGCUGGCCGAGGAGGACUUCACUAGAGAGCCCCGCAAGAUCAUCCUGCACAAGGGCUCCACAGGCCUGGGCUUCAACAUUGUAGGAGGAGAGGAUGGAGAAGGCAUUUUUGUCUCCUUCAUCCUGGCAGGAGGCCCAGCUGACCUGAGUGGGGAGCUGCGCAGGGGAGACCGGAUCUUAUCGGUGAAUGGAGUGAACCUGAGGAAUGCAACUCAUGAGCAGGCUGCAGCUGCUCUGAAACGGGCUGGCCAGUCAGUCACCAUUGUGGCCCAGUACAGACCUGAAGAGUACAGUCGCUUUGAAUCGAAGAUACAUGACUUGCGAGAACAAAUGAUGAACAGCAGUAUGAGCUCUGGGUCUGGGUCCCUUCGAACAAGCGAGAAGAGGUCUUUGUAUGUCAGAGCUCUGUUUGAUUAUGACCGGACUCGGGACAGCUGCCUGCCAAGCCAGGGGCUCAGCUUCUUUUAUGGUGACAUUCUGCAUGUCAUUAAUGCAUCAGAUGACGAGUGGUGGCAGGCAAGACUGGUGACCCCUCAUGGAGAAAGUGAGCAAAUUGGUGUGAUCCCUAGUAAGAAGAGGGUGGAAAAGAAAGAAAGAGCUCGAUUGAAAACGGUGAAGUUUCAUGCCAGGACGGGGAUGAUUGAAUCUAACAGGUCGAUCAAAACGAAACGUAAAAAGAGUUUCCGCCUCUCUCGAAAGUUUCCAUUUUACAAGAGCAAAGAAAACAUGGCCCAGGAGAGCAGCAUACAGGAACAGGGAGUGCCAUCCAACACCAGUGACAGCGAAAGCAGUUCCAAAGGACAAGAGGAUGCUAUUUUGUCAUAUGAACCAGUGACACGGCAAGAAAUUCACUAUGCAAGGCCUGUGAUCAUCCUGGGCCCAAUGAAGGACCGAGUCAAUGAUGACCUGAUCUCUGAGUUCCCACAUAAAUUUGGAUCCUGCGUGCCACAUACUACCCGGCCUCGGCGUGAUAAUGAGGUAGACGGACAAGACUAUCACUUUGUGGUAUCCCGAGAACAAAUGGAAAAGGAUAUUCAGGACAACAAGUUCAUUGAGGCAGGCCAGUUCAAUGAUAAUCUCUAUGGGACCAGCAUCCAGUCAGUCCGGGCAGUCGCCGAGAGGGGCAAGCACUGCAUCUUAGAUGUUUCUGGCAAUGCUAUCAAGAGGCUGCAGCAAGCACAACUUUACCCCAUUGCCAUUUUCAUCAAGCCCAAGUCCAUUGAAGCGCUUAUGGAAAUGAACCGACGGCAGACAUAUGAACAAGCAAAUAAGAUUUAUGACAAAGCCAUGAAACUGGAGCAGGAGUUUGGAGAAUACUUUACAGCCAUUGUACAGGGUGACUCACUGGAAGAGAUUUAUAACAAAAUCAAACAAAUCAUUGAGGACCAGUCUGGGCACUACAUUUGGGUCCCAUCCCCUGAAAAACUCUGAAGAAUCCCCUCCAACCAUUCUCUUGUGAACAGAAGAAAUCAAGUCCCUCUUCCCUCCUCCCUCUUCAUUCCUGUCCCCAUGGGGAGAACAAAUGACUACUGUUCUUGUCCCCUUUUUUAGAUAUGUCAAAAAAAAUUGAGUUUUCUAGUCCUGUUCUGGUUUUUGUUGUUUUUUUUUUUUUUUUUUUUUUUAAUUUUUGUUUCAUUUUAGUUUAUUUUUUGGGAUGAUGCCAUCUCACUCAUCAUGUGACUGUGCCCAUUCCUGCAUGGACCUUUCCCAAGCGCUCGCACAGGUGCAAAUCCAUCCAAGUCAUUGUUUUCUUAAAAAUCAAGCAGAAGCGAAGAGAAGCGAGGAGGACUGAUGGAAAGACAGACUCUGGACAGCUACACGGGCGUGUGAAAUGAGCUAUAUGCACAACACGAUGAGAUGCUCCUGGGGCUUUUCUACAGAUCUGUAUUGCUGUCUUGCGCCUCUGAACAGUGCAACAUAACGGCAACACAAAGUAUCUUAUUUAUAUAUAUAUGUAAUUUAUAUAAAAUAUAUAGAAAUUAUUAUAUAUAUAUUAUACACUCUCAUAUAAUAUAUAUAUAUUCACACACACAUUUGGACUAGAAAAUCUGUGGAGACUUCAUCAAUGGUACUAUGUUAUUAGAGAAAUGUUUUAAUUUUCAUAUUCCAAUCAGAUGGCAUCUUAUAUCCCAACUGGUUGGGAAGGGAUUGAAAAUAACAGUAGUAAGUGCUGUACUAAAGGCACUUGCAUCUGCUCAUUCUCUUGAGAGCUCAGGUAGGAGGGGGUCAUCUUGAGACCCCUGAGAGAGGGCUUUUUUUGCCUGGGGCGGGGAGAGAGGGUUGGAGACUUGACCCUAAAGCAGCUGCUGCCCUUGAAGUGCAGUCAGUCCUGUGUGUGGAAAGCACGAGAAUGGCUAACGAUGCUCCAUAUUAAAUUGCCUAUUGUUUUAUGCCACCUGAUGUGUCUGCAUGAGAGAUUUCCUUUUUUGUUUGUUUUUAAGCUGCUGUUAAACCAAAACCAUGUUGUGCUACUGUGUCAGCCUUUUUCAUUAUUCCAAGUUUUGCUUUUACUAUUUAAGUGAAUGCGUAGAAUCCAAUUUGACAGUGUUCUAAAGGCUUAUAAUGUUCUGAAGGAGCCAGACUUGGUGAUAAACAGUAGAUGACCCAGGCCUGGCCUGGUCAUCCACAGAAGGGAAAGUGUCUGCUGGUAAGGGUAGGGGCUGGGGCACUCUGCAUCUCGGUGUUGUCCCUUUACUUACCUGCCAGGGGCACGCAGGACUCAGCUGAGGCUCCUUCACGGGUCCCCCUGACAGGGAUGGGGAGUAACUUUUCCUUCCUUGCCAGGACAACGGAACAGCACUAGGCUUAGCCAGCUGUGUACUUAGUAGUUUGAUUUGGGCUUUUUUUGCAGCUGCUUCAUAUGCCCUACCCCAGCCCCCUCACCGACAGCUGGUAGCUUACUGUUUCUUCAAGAAGAAAGUAGAUUCGAAUGCUGUACAUUUGAGCUGUAGAGCAAAACUUCACUUCCCGGUGAGAUGUGAAAUCUUGUAGCUUUUUCUUGGAGGCCAAAGGCAGUGAUUGUGGCCAGGGGGUGUUUUUCUCUGACCACAAAUGCAGGCCAUGGGUGUGGUUCAGGCCCCCUCCCCAUCCCCCACUGCUCCUUUUAGCCAGUGUGCCUCCCUCCCCUCCACGCUGGAGGGGUGACACAGGGGAGAAGAAAAUAGAAAUGCUUGGCCCUAGGGCCUAGUCAGCCGUUUCCUGGCCCAUGUGGUCUGAUCAGUGCAAACAGCUCUCUUCUGAAGACACUUAAGUGCUACCAGCCAAAUUGGGGGGAUCUGUUAACAUUUAUCCUACCAGCAUAAUGGGGCUAACAGUGUGGGGCCCAGAAUAAGGGUAAAGAAAGGGCAGCAGCUUUACCUGGGCUGAAGGCAAAGAGGGAGAAAGUGAUGGCCGAUUAUGACUCUGGGGAGGAGGGGGUGAGCAAGGAGUGUGGAUUUCUACGAUAACUAAGCGAUAUAUCCUGAAUGAUGCUCGGCCCUCUACCUCUCCCGGGGAAGAAACACAAAGAUGAAAAGUAAGCAUGACACUAGUUGGUUUACCAGUGUUCCUUCCGAGGAGACAUAUAUUUUUUAAUAAACGAUAGUUGCAAUGAA